AUGUCGACCGAUUACGUUACCCAGAAGGGUCAGGCCUUUGACAGAGGUGCCUUCGAGUCACUUUUGCGCCGCAAGGUCUUCUUGUGGCAGAGUUUCGAGCCUUAUGGUUCGGUCAAGGGUCUUUUCGACUACGGCCCUCCUCUUGAGCAGCUCGAAUCUCAGGUCAUUCAGAUCUGGCGUGAUCACUUCAUCCGCUCAGAGAAGAUGAUGGCACUCAAGUGCUCUAUGCUUACUCCUUAUGAAGUCCUGAAGACUUCCGGUCAUGUUGACCGUUUCGCCGAUUUCAUGUGCAAGGACCCCAAGACCGGUGAAAUUCUUCGUUCAGACCACUUGAUUGGGGAUGUCCUCGAACAACGUCUAAAAUCAGACAGGGAGGCUCGCGGUGAGAAGAUCGAGGAGAAGGAAGAGGACCCCAAGAAAAAGAAGAAGCAGUCAAAGGCUGCCAAGGGUGCCGUCAAGCUUGAUGAUGCUGUCCGCAAGGAGUAUGAGCACGUUCUUGCCAUGCUUGAUGACUUCACUGGUGAGGGCAUGGGCGAGCUGAUCAAGAAGUACGACAUCCGCAACCCUUCAUCUGGCAACGAGGUGGAGCCCCCUGUUUCGGUCAACCUCAUGUUCCAGACUCAAAUUGGUGCUUCUUCUAACUCCCCUGCUUUCCUGAGGCCUGAGACUGCUCAGGGUCAGUUCCUGUCUUUCCAAAAGCUUCUCGAGUACAGUGAUGGCCAGCUUCCUUUCGCCUCUGCUUCCAUUGGUUACUCCUUCAGAAAUGAGCUUUCUCCUCGCGCUGGUCUCCUCCGUGUCAGAGAGUUCUUGAUGGCCGAGAUCGAGCACUUCGUCGACCCCGAGGGCGGCAAAGCUCACCCCAAGUUCCACACUGUUGCUGAUAUCAAGCUCCCUCUUCUCAGCCGUAACACCCAGACUUCCGGUAGCACCAAGCCCGAGAUGGUCGCUAUUGGCGAGGCCGUCAAGACUAAGCUGGUCGACAAUGAGACUCUUGGUUACUUCCUUGUCCGCAUCUACCAGUUCAUGGAGAAGAUCGGUAUCGACAUGAACAAGCUCCGUUUCCGUCAACACAUGGAGAACGAGAUGGCUCAUUACGCUUCCGACUGCUGGGACUGUGAGCUGCUUAACAGCUACGGCUGGACCGAGUGUGUCGGCUGCGCCGAUCGCUCUGCUUACGACUUGUCUGUCCACGAGAAGGCCACCGGCACAAACCUCCGAGCCCGUGAACAGCUCAAGAACCCCAAAACCAUCGAGGAGUGGGUUCCCGUCAUUGACAAGAAGAAGGCUGGCCCCAAGUUCAAGAAGGACGCCAAGGCUAUCGAGAACGCUCUCGACGCUCUUUCCCAAGAGAUGAAGGAGAAGCUCCAGAUCACCAUGGAGUCAGAGGGCAAGGCCGAGGUCCCCGUCGAGGAGAUCGCCGCCGGCAAGGUCGAGAUUGACACCUCAAUCGUCAGAUUCGAGAAGCAGAAGAAGACCAUCACCUUCCGCGAGUUCGUGCCCAACGUUAUUGAGCCUUCCUUUGGUAUUGGCCGCAUUCUCUACUCCCUCAUGGAGCACUGCUACUGGACUCGUGAGAACGAUGAGGCUCGCUCCGUUCUCUCCUUCUCUCCCGUUAUCGCUCCCAUCAAGGUUCUUGUCUGCCCUCUCCAGAAGGACCCCAAGUUCGCUCCUCUCAUCGCCAAGCUCGAGGAGGCCCUCGAUAACAAGUCCAUCUCAUUCAAGAUUGACCAGACUGGUGUCAGUAUCGGAAAGCGCUACUCACGUAACGAUGAGCUCGGUAUUCCAUUCGGCAUCACCAUCGAUUACGAGGCUCUUGACGAUGGUACUCUUACUCUCAGAGACCGUGACUCAACUAAGCAGGUCCGCGCUAGCCAGGCUGACAUCAUCAAGGCUGUUAGCCGUAUGGUGAAGGGCAAGGAGACCUGGGCUGACGUCGUCGCCCGUCUUCCUGCAUUCGAGGGCCAGGAGAAGGAGGCCGCCGAGUAA